AAAAUUUUAUGAUUCAAUUGUGAAAAUUCCAUAAAGUUCUCCAACUUUUUUCCACUCAAAAUUCAGUGAAAUGGGUGCUCUAAAGCUGCUGUUGCUGUUAGUGGUUUCUUUAUCAGUGGCGGCGGCGGGGAAAUCCAGCCACCACCGUCUCCGGCGAUUCGAAGCUCAGCUCCACCUGAAGAAGCUGAAUAAACCUGCCGUCAAGUCCAUCAAGAGUCCUGAUGGGGAUAUAAUUGACUGUGUUCAUAUGGCUCACCAGCCAGCUUUCGAUCAUCCUCUCCUCAAAAACCAUACAAUUCAGAUGAGGCCAAAUUUUCAUCCAGAAGGGGUUUUAAGUGGCAAUAAAAUGUCUUCAAAAGGUUCAGAACCAAAGCCCAUAACUCAAUCAUGGCACUUGAAGGGAAGGUGUCCAGAAGGGACAAUUCCCAUUAGAAGAACAACAAAAAGAGACAUUUUGAGAGCAAAUUCUGUGAAGAGCUAUGGGAAGAAGAAGCCUCAAGCCACUGUCAGACCAACCUCCAUUGAUAUCGAUCUCAAUGGCCAAACAGGACAUCAGCAUGCAAUAACAUAUGUUGAAGGAGGACAAUACUAUGGAGCUAAAGCAACCAUAAACGUUUGGUCUCCCAAAAUCCAACACCCAAACGAAUUCAGCCUCUCCCAGAUCUGGAUUCUUGGAGGAACUUUUGGGGAAGAUCUUAAUAGCAUUGAAGCUGGUUGGCAGGUUAGCCCUGAUUUAUAUGGAGAUAACAACACCAGAUUCUUCACUUACUGGACUAGUGAUGCAUAUCAAGCUACUGGCUGCUACAAUCUCCUCUGUUCUGGGUUUGUUCAAAUCAAUAAUGAAAUUGCUCUGGGUGCUAGCAUUUAUCCCAUUUCUUCUUACAGAGGCUCUCAAUAUGAUAUUAGCUUGCUCAUCUGGAAGGACCCGAAGGAAGGAAACUGGUGGAUGCAAUUCGGAAAUAGCUAUGUUUUGGGUUACUGGCCGGCGUUCUUGUUCUCCUACCUCACCGACUGCGCCUCCAUGGUUGAAUGGGGCGGCGAAGUCGUUAACUCUGAAUCUGGCGGCCAACACACUUCCACUCAAAUGGGUAGCGGCCACUUCCCCGGCGAGGGCUUCGGCAAGGCCGGCUACUUUAGGAAUAUUCAGGUGGUGGACGGCUCCAAUAAUCUCCGGCAGCCGGAGGAUAUUGGAACUUUCACUGAGCAACCCAGUUGCUACGAUGUUCAGAACGGGAAGUCCGGCGACUGGGGUAAUUACUUCUUCUACGGCGGGCCGGGCAGAAAUCCAAACUGCCCGUGAUAAAAUUCUCUCUCUCUAAAUAUAUAAAAAUAUAUUUUAAAUGCAUUUCUUGUGCAUCAUUUUUAGUGGGUCUUAUUGAGAUAUGUUUAACUUGUGAUGAAGCUUUUCUCUCUCUCUAUCUCUGCACAUCAACUGUGGGAGAGACAGAGAGAGAGAGAGAGGCUGAUUUGUUUGUUUCGAAAGCUUAGAAGGAACAAAAAAACAAAAAAACAUGGCUAAUGAUUUGUUUUAUCUCUUUGGAAAUGUGUAUAAGUGUGUUUAAUUU